AUAGGAAAACAAAAACUAAAUGAAUCUCCGGGCAAUAAAUUGUAUCUUCCCUUUAAUUACCCAUCAUUUUCGGCAUUUUCCUUUUUUCCACCUCCGCCGUGUCGGUUCAUUCUCCGAUCUGAGCUCCGAUUAUCAUCUCGCCGGAGCUUCAAUUUAGCAUCAUCAACCUAUCUUUCCGGUAUCUGAAUUAUUAUUCUUUUCUUAUUCGUAGUUUUCAUUAUCAUCAGGUACGUUUCAGAAUUUAAUCAGAUCUAAUUCUUUUUUUCUCUGAUCUACAAUCCCGCCAUAAUUCCCGAUCUGUGGACUAAAAUAAUUUCAAGUAAUAUACAAGGGUUUUAGUUUAAUUUCCAGACGAAAAUAUGAAUUCAAAUUACGGGAAAUCGGGUUCUUCUAUGAAUAGGUUUGAUUUUGAUCUGGGUAUGAACUCUGGUCGAUCUCGAUCUCUCAAUGAUCAGAAGAAUAAAACUUCGUCGUAUUCUUCUUCAUCAUCAUCCUAUACGUAUUCAUCGACGCAAUCGAAACCAAAUUCUGGGUCUUCAUGGACUCAACCUAACAAAUCAUCAUGGACUCACCAGCCAGUAGGGUCGUUAUCUGGACCGAAUUCAAUGGCUGGUGAUAUAUUUGGGAAGAGUUGGGGGUCUUCAGCUCCUUCGACCACUAGCAAUGUAGCGUCAAGUGUUGGGAUGACUAACAAAAACCCUAAUUUGUUUGGUGAUUUGGUGAGCUCAGCAUUGGGAGGAAAUAAAAGUAGUAGCAAUGCCCCGUUAAAAAAUGCUGCUCCAACUGCCAACAAGAGCGCGUUCUCUAUGGGUGGUAUGACUGAUAAUCUGCCGAAGAGUGGCAAUUCUGUGAAAACUGGUGGUAGCUGGGGUUCAGCUGGAAAUUCCGGUAGCGGUACUGCUGGUGGUAGCUGGGGUUCAGCUGGAAAUUCCGGUAGUGGUAAUGCUGGUGGUAGCUGGGGUUCAGUUGGAAAUUCUGGUAGUGGUAAUGCUGGUGGGUAUAAUGCAUAUAAUUAUACUGCCAGUGUGAAUCAGAGUGGUGGUAAUACUAAAACCCCUAAUCUUGGAGGUACAUCAUUGAAAAAUAUGUCUGGAAGUGGAGUUGGUGAAGGGAUGGGUGUUAAUAAGGACCCAUUUGGUUCGCUGGUUGAUUUUUCGUCUAAGCCGGGGCCUAAUAUGAAGUCAGAUAGUAAAGAAACUAAGAAGAAUAGUUCAGGGGAUGAUGUGUUCGGGAAUUUCCAAAAUGCUACCAAAUCAGAUGGACCAGGAUUUCCAUCAGAUCCAUUUCCUACAAGUAAUACUAAUGCUUCACCCGGGUUGAAUACAGGUGGUGCUUAUUCCAAGGUUGAUGAUUUCGGAUUCACUAAUACUCAGAGUCAACCAUCUGCUACUCAGUCUUCAGGUGUGGGUGAUUUUGAUUCACUUUUUUCAUCAACUAAUGCUUCAUCUGGAGAAGCUGCUGGAGGGAGUGAGAACCAGCAGUUUACAGGGGGUGAUGAUUGGGGCUUUGAAUCAGAGUUUGUGGGUGCUAAUGAUAGCAGUGGGACAACUGAAAUUGAAGGGCUUCCACCACCACCUUCUGGUGUGAGUGCUUCCGCUGCGAAGAACAAGGGAAUGGAUAAUCACAAGCAGGGACAAUAUGGUGAUGCCAUAAAAUGGUUGUCGUGGGCUGUCAUUCUUCUCGAGAAGGCUGGUGAUGAAGCUGGUGUAAUGGAAGUUCUGUCAAGUAGGGCUUCAUGUUACAAAGAGGUAGGAGAAUACAAGAAGGCUGUGGCUGACUGUACAAAGGUGCUAGAACAAGAUGGCAAAAAUGUUUCCGUCCUUGUGCAGCGUGCUCUGUUGUAUGAGAGUAUGGAGAAGUACAAGCUUGGGGCGGAAGACCUCAGAACUGUUAUGAAAAUUGAUCCUGGUAAUAGGGUGGCAAGAAGUACUGUACACCGCUUGACUAAAAUGGCUGGCUAAGAGGGCUUCGGCAUAUUAGUUCUCUUAGCUUGUACUAGGCACAAAUGAUUUGAGAACUGCUCCCCUUCUCAUACCAAUUCUGGGGAACUCUUACUAAGAAAUUCUUUCUACAUUUUCUGGUUCUUGGUUUGUUAUCAAUUGUAUUUUUAUCUUUUUUCUUCUUUGCCACGGUGAACUUCCAUUUAAAUAUCUUGAAAUUGCUUUGUACUGGAAAUUUUAAGUACUGUAUAUUUUAGUCUUUUGAUCUGUUCUCAUGUU